GCGGGGGAGUCAGUCCGGACAUCGCGGAAGCUCCUCACCUGGAAAACCAACCCGGACUCGAACAGUCGGUUCAUGGCAGGACGUGCGCUCCAAGCUCGUCUUUUAAAACCCUCCACUUUCCACACAUGCCACCUUUGUGCGGGCGGUUAAAACGGCGCCGUUCAUCUCCACCCCUUCCCCCCGGUCGCCUGUGAGAGCUCCGCCGGGGCCGCGCUGCUGUGUUUGGGAUCCGCACAGUAGAGCUUCCGCUCUCAGCCGUGCAGCCACAGGAUGAACAGCCAGAGAUGUAGCACUUUAUUUCAGAAACCAAGAGGACGGACGAGCAUCAUACAAUGUAUCUAUGUGGUGGGCUUCAUGGACUUGUUCGGGGUGAGCAUGAUCAUCCCACUGCUGAGCCAUCACGUGAAAGCUCUGGGAGCGAGUCCCACUGUAGCUGGGAUUGUAGGAUCUACGUAUGGGAUCUUACAGCUCUUCUCAAGCACAGUAGUCGGCAGCUGGAGCGACGUGGUGGGACGGCGUUACUCGCUGCUGACCUGUCUGCUGCUGAGCGCUCUGGGCUACGGCCUGCUCGGGAUGUCCACCAGCAUCGCCUUGUUUGUCCUCGCGCGGAUACCUGUGGGGCUGUUCAAGCACUCCCUGUCCAUCUGCAGAGCCCUGCUGUCUGACCUGGUGUCUGAGUCAGAGCGCCCUCUGGUGAUGGGACACUUCAAUGCAGCCUCCAGUGUCGGCUUCAUCCUGGGUCCUGUGGUGGGUGGCUACCUCACGGAGCACGAAGGCGGCUUUUACACCUCCUCCUUUACCUGUGCAGCCAUCUUCCUCAUUAACGCAGGGCUGGUGUGGAUGCUUCCAUGGAGCGAGGCGCUAAUUCACCGUAAUCACACUAACUCCAGCAACAGCACAAGGAAAGGUUGUCACGACAACAACUGCAGUAAAUCGGCUCACAAUGGCUCUCACGUGAUGGGAGCAGAGACUGACCCAGGCUCCAGAGCUCCAGGGAAAUACAGAGGUGGUCUCAGAUGGAGGGAGGUGUCUCUUCUUCAGCCUGCCUGGAGACAGCUGUACUCAGUGGGCUCCAAGAUCCACAUGGUGGCCUCCUCUGACAUGUGGGACCUGUUCCUGGUGCGUCUGUUGAUGGCGAUAGCCAUCAUGCUUUAUUACAGUAACUUCUCUCUGGCGAUGGAGGAGCGUUUCUCACUCAAACCAAAGGUGACGGGUUAUCUGAUCAGCUAUAGCAGCACACUGGGGGCGCUGGCUGGGUUCCUGGUGGGACCAGUCACCCAGCUGUAUGGGAACAACAUGCCCGCUCUGCUGCUUCACUCCACAGUUCUCACCUGUUCGCUCAUUUUCCUGUACGCUGCUGCGCCCAGCGUGUGGCAGGUGCUGCUCACCUCCACCUUCUUUGCCAUUUCCACCACUAUCGGACGGACAUGUAUCACAGACCUGGAGCUGCAGAGAGGAGGGGUCCAGGCCAGCGGGACUCUGAUCGGAGCCGGGCAGUCAGUCACAGCCGUCGGUCGAGUCGUGGCCCCUCUCCUCUCUGGUCUGGCCCAAGAGUUCAGCCCUUGCGGUCCCCCAAGUCUCGGAGUGCUCCUGGCUCUUGCGGCUGUGGGUUUAUUGCUCAUCAGGAUCCCCAAAUGGGACGGCAGAGGGAUGACAAAAAAAGCCAAACUCUGAGGAACUGUAUGAAUUUCAAAUGAUGAAAGACAAUGCAGAGAAGUGCUCUUUUGUUUGUAGGCCAGCUGUGAAGAUGGAACAGCACAGCAGGGAUGAGAUUUCCUGCAUCAAACGCCUCCGCAGAUGCACCACAGGGUCAAAACGGCUCGUCACCACCAGCACUGCAGUCCUUCUCUCAGGAAGAGCGGCUUCAAAACUCGAGUACAGUGUCGAGGAGAAAACGGGGGCUGAGAAGUUUCACCUGCUUCCACCUGUGCUAAAGUUUGACCCGACAGAAACAAGUGGACCUCGUUUUGGCACAUUUGGGAUAGGUUGAUUGGAAACAGUGCACAUUUAUUUUAAUAUAAUUCUCUAACCACUACAUUGUCCAACGUCCCUGGGGUUUGUUAUCCUGCUCAUGAUACACUGCGAGUCACCAAAAUAAAAGACAAAGACGAACCUUUCACAUUCCAGGCAGUGACGCUUCAUUCACAAACGAGCUGAACCGAUGCUGUGGGGAAAUCAGGCCGCCUGACUGUCCCAAGGUAGAUCAAACUGUUGUAGUAAUAAUUCUAAUAAUUAGUUUAACACCUUUUACCUCAAUGCCAGUCGUUUCUCCUAGUGCAUUUCAUCAGAAAUGAUUCCUACAGAGCACACGCUCGCUCGAGUUUCUGAUUCUUGAAUAUCGUUUAGAGAUUUGUUAAUUUAUCUUAAGCUGUGUUAAAAUGAAGUAUGUGUUGUAUACUGAACACCACUGUUAGAAACCCAAAUGUUAAGGAGGAGAAUGUAUGUAAAGCAGUCAUCGAAUCCAUGAAGCACAUGCCAGAUUCAUGCCAAAAGUCACAAGGAAUAAACAAUAUUUUGUACGCCAGUCUGCAGUGUUUUGAGUUGUAUGUGAAACAUUUAUCACAUUUAUGAGUUUACCUGUAUCCCAUGGUUAGAAAAUGCUUGGUAAUUUUCAUGACCUUAGAAAAUUUAUUACAAAAAAAAA